AUGAAACAUCUGUUUAUAAUGUUCCUUUAGUUUAUCGUAUUAUAUCUAAUUCGAAUAGUCAACAGAUUACAAUUGAUUGAUUACGUCAAGCUAUUGAUGCAAUUAUUGCUAAACAUGCUAUAUUUCGAACAUAAUUAGAUUGGAAUAUAAAUACAAAUGUUUUAGUUCAAUAUAUUCAACAAUCUAAUUAUAGAAAUCAAUAUGAAUUUGUAAUUAGUUAUCUUGAAAAUGAUGAAAAAAUAACAAAAAUAAUUAAUAAAGAAAUUACAAGUUCAAAAUUAUUUGACCUUAAUCGAGGCAUUGUAUUACGAUGUCACAUAAUUAAAUAUAAUUCUACGAGAAAAGAUGAAGAAAUAUGCUUAGAAAAGAAUGAUAUUAUUAUUUUUAAUCUCCAUCAUAUUGCAUUUGAUGGUGCUUCUCGACGAAUAUUUUUUAGUGAUCUUAAAUAUAGUUUAGAAAAUGAUAGUACAUUAUUAAAUAAUGAAAAUCAAGUUCAAUAUAUUGAUUAUUCAGUUUAUGAAAAACAAAUGCAUAUAAUAUCAUCUUAUUAUUUUUGGCAAUCACAUCUUGAUAGAUUGAAUUUAGAACGUCGUAUUAUGUUACUUUUGAUCGACAUCGUUUAUUAGCUAAUCAACAUUCAGGUUUUGCUCAUCUUAUUGAUAUUCCAUUUGAUAAUGAUUCAAUACAUUCAUUUUUUGGUUAUGGUUCUUCACGAGAUAUUACACCAAUUCAGUUAGUUAUUGAAUAUACACAUUAUUCUCUUCAACAAAUACUUCAAGAUUUAGAUUAUAAACAUUCAUCUGCUGCUUUUCUCAAUAUAUUAUUUGAUUUCAUUACUUAUUCAUCUGAUACUGAUCUUCUAUUUAUAAAUCAAGCACAAUUUCAACCAGUACCAUAA